CCGGGCCAGCAGGCGGGAGCCAUGGCCGAUGCGGGCGAGGGCGAGGACGAGAUCCAGUUCUUGCGGACUGACGACGAGGUGGUGCUGCAAUGCACGGCGGCCGCCCACAAGGAGCAGCAGAAGCUGUGUCUGGCAGCUGAAGGAUUUGGCAACAGACUCUGUUUCCUGGAGUCCACCUCCAAUUCCAAGAAUGUCCCCCCCGACCUCUCCAUCUGCACCUUUGUGCUGGAACAGUCUCUCUCCGUCCGAGCCCUGCAGGAGAUGCUGGCGAACACGGUGGAGAAGUCAGAAGGGAAAUUCAUGAUGAAGACGGCUCAAGGCGGCGGUCACCGGACGCUCCUGUACGGCCACGCCAUUCUGCUGCGGCACUCCUACAGCGGCAUGUACCUGUGCUGCCUGUCCACCUCCCGGUCUUCCAGGGACAAACUGGCCUUUGACGUCGGCCUGCAGGAGGACACGACAGGUGAGGCCUGCUGGUGGACCAUCCACCCCGCCUCCAAGCAGCGGUCGGAAGGGGAGAAGGUGCGCGUUGGUGACGACCUCAUCCUAGUGAGCGUGUCCUCUGAAAGGUACUUGCACUUGUCCUACGGCGGCGGCAGCUUCCACGUGGACGCGGCCUUCCAGCAGACUCUCUGGAGCGUGGCCCCGAUCAGCUCGGGAAGUGAGGCGGCCCAAGGCUAUCUGAUCGGUGGGGACGUCCUCAGGCUGCUGCACGGACACAUGGACGAGUGCCUCACUGUCCCCUCGGGAGAGCACGGGGAAGAGCAGCGGAGGACUGUUCAUUACGAAGGCGGCGCCGUGUCCGUGCACGCACGGUCCCUGUGGAGACUAGAGACGCUGCGAGUCGCGUGGAGCGGAAGCCACAUAAGAUGGGGCCAGCCUUUCCGACUACGCCAUGUCACAACGGGAAAGUACUUGAGCCUCAUGGAAGACAAAAACCUUCUACUGGUGGACAAAGAAAAAGCUGAUGUGAAGUCAACAGCAUUUACCUUCCGAUCUUCCAAGGAAAAGUUGGACGCAGGGGUGAGAAAAGAAGUUGACGGCAUGGGGACCUCUGAGAUAAAGUACGGAGACUCGGUCUGCUACAUACAGCACGUGAACACGGGUCUGUGGCUGACCUACCAGGCCGUGGACGUGAAGUCUGUGCGAAUGGGGGCGACGCAGCGUAAGGCCAUCAUGCACCACGAGGGCCACAUGGAUGACGGCAUCAGCCUGUCCCGGUCGCAGCACGAGGAGUCGCGGACAGCACGGGUCAUCCGCAGCUCGGGCUUCCUCUUCAGCAGGUUUAUAAGGGGCCUGGACGCUCUCAGCAGGAAGGCGAGGGCUGCCCCCGGGGACUUGCCCAUCGAGUCUGUCAGCCUAAGCCUGCGGGACCUGAUCGGCUACCUGCACCCACCUGACGAGCACCUGGACCACGAGGACAAGCAGAACAGACUGAGGGCCUUGAAGAACCGGCAGAACCUCUUCCAGGAGGAGGGGGUGAUCAGCCUCGUGCUGCAGUGCGUGGACAGGCUGCACGUCUACAGCAGCGCGGCCCACUUUGCCGACGUCGCUGGGAGAGAAGCCGGCGCAUCCUGGAAGUCAAUCCUUAAUUCUCUGUAUGAAUUGCUGGCGGCUCUCAUUAGAGGAAAUCGCAAAAACUGUGCACAGUUUUCUGGCUCCCUCGACUGGCUGAUCAGCCGACUGGAAAGACUAGAAGCUUCUUCGGGUAUUCUGGAAGUCUUGCACUGCGUGUUAGUAGAAAGUCCAGAAGCUCUAAAUAUUAUCAAAGAAGGGCACAUUAAAUCCAUCAUUUCACUUUUAGACAAGCACGGAAGAAAUCACAAGGUCCUGGACGUUCUGUGUUCUCUCUGCGUUUGCCACGGGGUGGCUGUCCGCUCCAACCAGCACCUCAUCUGCGACAACCUCCUUCCUGGACGGGACCUGCUGCUGCAGACGCGCCUUGUGAACCACGUCAGCAGCAUGAGGCCCAACAUUUUCCUGGGCAUCAGUGAAGGGUCCGCCCAGUACAAGAAGUGGUACUAUGAGCUGACGGUGGACCACACGGAGCCCUUCGUGACAGCCGAAGCCACUCACCUGCGCGUGGGCUGGGCCUCCACAGAGGGGUACUCGCCCUACCCUGGCGGGGGCGAGGAGUGGGGCGGCAACGGCGUGGGAGAUGACCUCUUUUCCUACGGCUUUGAUGGUCUGCAUCUCUGGGCAGGUUGCAUCGCGAGCACGGUGAGCUCCCCAAACCAGCACCUGCUGCGGACGGAUGAUGUCAUCAGCUGCUGUUUAGACCUGAGCGCCCCAAGCAUCUCAUUCCGAAUCAAUGGACAGCCUGUUCAAGGCAUGUUUGAGAAUUUCAACAUUGAUGGCCUCUUCUUUCCCGUCGUCAGUUUCUCUGCGGGAAUAAAGGUACGCUUUCUGCUUGGGGGGAGACACGGAGAGUUUAAAUUCCUUCCUCCCCCUGGCUACGCUCCUUGCUACGAAGCCGUCCUGCCGAAGGAGAAGUUGAAAGUGGAGCACAGCCGAGAGUACAAGCAAGAGAGGACUUACACGCGGGACCUGCUGGGCCCCACCGUGCCCCUGACGCAGGCUGCCUUCACGCCGGUCCCCGUGGACACCAGCCAGAUUGUGUUGCCUCCCCACCUGGAGAGGAUCCGAGAAAAGCUGGCAGAGAAUAUCCAUGAGCUCUGGGUUAUGAACAAAAUUGAGCUUGGCUGGCAGUAUGGCCCGGUCAGAGACGACAACAAGAGGCAGCACCCGUGCCUGGUGGAGUUCUCCCAGCUGCCCGAGCAGGAACGCAAUUACAACCUACAGAUGUCGCUGGAGACCCUGAAGACUCUGUUGGCAUUAGGAUGUCAUGUGGGUAUAUCAGAUGAACAUGCUGAAGAAAAGGUGAAAAAGAUGAAGCUCCCCAAGAAUUACCAGCUGACAAGUGGAUACAAGCCUGCCCCAAUGGACCUGAGCUUCAUCAAACUCACCCCGUCUCAGGAAGCGAUGGUGGACAAGUUGGCAGAAAAUGCUCAUAACGUAUGGGCCCGGGACCGGAUCCGGCAGGGCUGGACCUACGGCAUCCAGCAGGACGUAAAGAACAGAAGGAACCCUCGUCUUGUGCCCUACACCCUUCUCGACGACAGAACCAAGAAAUCCAACAAGGACAGUCUGCGCGAGGCCGUGCGCACGCUGCUGGGGUACGGCUACAGCCUGGAGGCGCCGGACCAGGACCACGCGGGCCGGGCCGAAGUGUGCAGCGGCACCGGCGAGCGGUUCCGGAUCUUCCGCGCCGAGAAGACCUACGCCGUGAAGGCCGGGAGGUGGUACUUCGAGUUCGAGGCUGUGACGGCCGGGGACAUGCGAGUUGGCUGGAGCCGGCCGGGCUGCCAGCCUGACCAGGAGCUGGGCUCCGACGAGCACGCCUUUGCUUUCGACGGCUUCAAGGCCCAGCGGUGGCACCAGGGCAAUGAGCACUAUGGGCGCCCCUGGCAAGCUGGCGACGUCGUGGGCUGUAUGGUCGACAUGACGGAGCACACCAUGAUGUUCACGCUGAACGGCGAAAUCCUGCUCGACGACUCAGGCUCAGAACUGGCGUUCAAGGACUUCGACGUCGGCGACGGAUUCAUACCUGUAUGCAGCCUUGGGGUGGCUCAGGUGGGAAGGAUGAACUUCGGCAAGGACGUGAGCACCUUGAAGUAUUUCACCAUCUGUGGCUUACAAGAGGGCUAUGAACCAUUUGCCGUUAAUACGAACAGAGACAUUACCAUGUGGCUAAGCAAGCGGCUUCCUCAGUUUCUCCAAGUUCCAUCAAACCAUGAACAUAUUGAGGUGACCAGGAUAGACGGCACCGUGGACAGCUCCCCGUGUCUAAAGGUCACGCAGAAGUCAUUUGGCGCCCAGAACAGCAGCACCGACAUCAUGUUCUACCGCCUGAGCAUGCCCAUCGAGUGUGCGGAGGUCUUCUCCAGGCCAGCGGCCGGGGCGCUGCCGGGGGCCGGCCUCUUCGGGCCCAAGAGCGACUUGGAGGAUUACGACGCGGACUCCGACUUUGAGGUUCUGAUGAAAACAGCACAUGGCCACCUGGUACCCGAUCGCGCUGACAAAGACAAAGAAGCUCCAAAACCAGAGUUUAAUAACCACAAAGAUUACGCGCAGGAGAAGCCCUCUCGUCUGAAGCAAAGAUUUCUGCUUAGGAAAACAAAGCCAGAUUACAGCACAAGCCACUCCGCGCGGCUCACUGAAGACGUCCUCGCGGAUGACCGGGACGACUACGACUACCUGAUGCAGACGUCCACGUACUAUUACUCAGUGAGAAUCUUCCCUGGACAAGAACCGGCCAGCGUCUGGGUGGGCUGGAUCACAUCUGACUUCCACCAGUACGACACAUGCUUCGACUUGGACCGAGUUCGCACAGUAACCGUUACUCUCGGAGACGAAAAAGGAAAAGUGCACGAAAGCAUCAAACGCAGCAACUGCUACAUGGUGUGUGCGGGCGAGAGCAUGAGCCCCGGGCAGGGACGCAACAACAACGGGCUGGAGAUCGGCUGCGUGGUGGACGCCGCCAGCGGGCUGCUCACCUUCACGGCCAACGGCAAGGAGCUGAGCACCUACUACCAGGUGGAGCCAAGUACCAAGUUGUUCCCUGCGGUUUUUGCACAAGCUACAAGUCCCAACGUUUUUCAGUUUGAGUUGGGAAGGAUAAAGAACGUGAUGCCCCUCUCGGCGGGACUCUUCAAGAGCGAGCACAGAAACCCUGUGCCUCAGUGCCCCCCGCGCCUCCACGUGCAGUUCCUGUCGCACGUCCUGUGGAGCCGAAUGCCCAACCAGUUCCUGAAGGUGGACGUGUCCCGGAUCAGCGAGCGCCAGGGCUGGCUGGUGCAGUGCGUGGACCCGCUGCAGUUCAUGUCCCUGCACAUCCCCGAGGAGAACAGGUCCGUGGACAUCCUGGAGCUGACGGAGCAGGAGGAGCUGCUGCGCUUCCACUCGCACACCCUGCGGCUCUACUCGGCUGUGUGCGCCCUGGGCAACCACCGCGUGGCGCAUGCGCUCUGCAGCCACGUGGACGAGGCGCAGCUGCUCUACGCCAUUGAGAGCAAGUACAUGCCCGGCCUGCUGCGCACUGGCUACUACGACCUGCUCAUCGACAUCCACCUGAGCGCCUAUGCCACCGCCCGGCUCAUGAUGAACAACGAGUUCAUCGUGCCUAUGACCGACGAGACCAAGAGCAUCACGCUCUUUCCGGACGAGCACAAGGAACACGGGCUGCCCGGCAUUGGCCUCAGCACCUCGCUGCGGCCGCGCAUGCGCUUCUCCUCGCCCAGCUUCGUGAGCCUCAACCACGACUGCUACCAGGACAGCCCCGAGUUCCCACUGGACACACUCAAGGCCAAGACGAUGCAGAUGCUGACUGAGGCUGUGCGGGAGGGCGGGCUGCGGGCGCGGGACCCUGUAGGAGGCACCACCGAGUUCCUCUUCGUGCCACUUAUCAAGCUCUUCUACACGCUGCUCACCAUGGGUAUCUUCCAAGGCGAGGACCUGAAGCACAUCCUGCAACUGAUAGAGCCCCGGGUGUUCAAGGAGGCCGUCCCGGAGGAAGAGCAGCAGGCGCCACCCGUGGAGCCCCGCACCGAUGACGCCAGGCUCGAGGGUGCACGUGGAGAUGCAGCAGAGGGGCUGCUGCAGAUGAAGCUGCCUGAGCCCGUGAAGCUGCAGAUGUGCCUGCUCCUUCAGUACCUCUGCGACUGCCAGGUCCGACACCGGAUAGAAGCCAUUGUGGCCUUUUCGGAUGACUUUGUCGCUAAGCUGCAAGACAACCAGCGCUUCCGCUAUAAUGAAGUUAUGCAAGCCUUAAACAUGUCGGCCGCGCUCACAGCCAGGAAGACAAAGGAAUUCAGGUCCCCACCUCAGGAACAGAUCAAUAUGCUCCUUCAUUUUAAGGAUGACAAAAGUGAAUGCCCGUGUCCCGCGGAAAUCCGAGACCAGCUCUUGGAUUUCCAUGAAGACCUGAUGGCGCAUUGUGGAAUUGAGCUGGAUGACGAUGGCUCUCCAGAUGGGAACGGCGACUUAACCAUCAGAGGGCGCCUGCUGUCGCUGGUGGAGAAGGUGACAUACCUGAAGAAGAGGCAGGCUGAGAAGCCGGCGGCGAGCGACCCCGACAAGUCCUCUACUCUCCAGCAGCUGAUUUCUGAGACCAUGGUGCGGUGGGCUCAGGAGUCCGUCAUCGAGGACCCCGAGCUGGUGCGGGCCAUGUUCGUGCUGCUGCACCGGCAAUACGACGGCGUCGGGGGGCUGGCGCGGGCCCUGCCCAAGACCUACACCAUCAGCGCAGUGUCGGUGGAGGACACCAUCAGCCUGCUGGCCUCGCUCGGGCAGAUCCGCUCGCUGCUGAGCGUGAGGAUGGGCAGGGAGGAAGAGAAGCUUAUGAUUCGGGGACUGGGGGACAUCAUGAAUAAUAAAGUGUUUUACCAGCACCCGAACCUCAUGAGGGCGCUGGGGAUGCACGAGACGGUGAUGGAGGUCAUGGUGAACGUCCUGGGCGGUGGGGAGUCCAAGGAGAUCACUUUUCCCAAGAUGGUGGCCAACUGUUGCCGUUUCCUCUGUUACUUCUGUCGUAUAAGUCGGCAGAAUCAGAAAGCUAUGUUUGACCAUCUCAGUUACUUACUGGAAAAUAGCAGUGUUGGUCUAGCCUCACCGGCUAUGAGAGGGUCGACCCCGCUGGACGUGGCCGCAGCCUCGGUGAUGGACAACAAUGAACUGGCCCUGGCGCUUCGCGAGCCAGACCUGGAAAAGGUCGUGCGAUACCUGGCAGGCUGUGGACUGCAGAGCUGCCAGAUGCUGGUGUCCAGGGGGUACCCGGACAUUGGGUGGAACCCCGUCGAAGGGGAGCGGUACCUGGACUUCCUCCGAUUCGCUGUCUUCUGUAACGGGGAGAGCGUGGAGGAGAACGCGAAUGUCGUGGUGCGGCUGCUCAUCCGGAGGCCCGAGUGCUUCGGCCCCGCUCUGCGGGGGGAGGGCGGGAACGGUCUUCUGGCGGCCGUGGAAGAGGCCAUCAAAAUAGCUGAGGACCCUUCUCGAGAUGGCCCGUCACCAACCAGCGGGUCCAGCAGAGCCCCUGACACAGAAGAGGAGGACGACACUGUCCACAUGGGGAAUGCCAUCAUGACCUUUUACGCGGCCUUGAUUGACCUGCUGGGGCGCUGUGCCCCUGAAAUGCACUUGAUUCAUGCUGGUAAGGGAGAAGCCAUCAGGAUCAGAUCCAUUUUGAGAUCCCUCAUCCCAUUGGGCGACUUGGUAGGAGUGAUCAGCAUCGCCUUCCCGAUGCCCACAGUAGCCAAAGAUGGGAAUGUGGUGGAGCCUGACAUGUCUGCGGGGUUUUGCCCAGAUCACAAGGCAGCCAUGGUUUUGUUCCUUGACAGGGUCUAUGGAAUUGAGGUUCAAGAUUUUCUCCUCCAUCUCCUAGAGGUUGGCUUUCUGCCAGAUCUCCGGGCCGCCGCUUCCUUAGACACGGCUGCCUUGAGUGCUACGGACAUGGCCUUGGCCCUGAACCGCUACCUCUGCACAGCCGUGCUGCCUUUGCUGAGGAGGUGCGCCCCGCUCUUCGCUGGCACCGAGCACCAUGCUUCGCUCAUCGACUCGCUGCUCCACACUGUGUACAGGCUGUCUAAGGGCUGCUCGCUGACCAGGGCCCAGCGGGACUCCAUUGAAGUUUGCUUGCUGUCAAUUUGCGGCCAACUGAGACCUUCCAUGAUGCAGCACUUGCUCAGAAGAUUAGUGUUUGACGUCCCGUUAUUAAAUGAACACGCAAAGAUGCCUCUUAAGCUGCUGACAAAUCACUAUGAAAGGUGCUGGAAAUACUACUGUCUGCCUGGAGGGUGGGGAAACUUUGGAGCUGCCUCAGAAGAAGAACUUCAUUUAUCAAGAAAAUUGUUCUGGGGAAUUUUUGAUGCUUUGUCUCAAAAGAAAUAUGAGCAAGAACUUUUCAAACUGGCCCUGCCUUGCCUGAGUGCUGUGGCCGGGGCUUUGCCUCCAGACUACAUGGAGUCAAACUACGUCAGCAUGAUGGAAAAGCAGUCCUCCAUGGACGCCGAAGGCAACUUUAACCCGCAGCCUGUUGAAACCUCAAAUAUCACAAUUCCUGAGAAGCUGGAAUACUUCAUUAACAAAUAUGCUGAACACUCCCAUGACAGAUGGUCCAUGGACAAGUUGGCCAAUGGAUGGAUUUAUGGGGAAACAUAUUCAGACUCAUCUAAAGUUCAACCAUUAAUGAAGCCAUAUAAACUAUUAUCUGAAAAGGAAAAAGAAAUCUACCGCUGGCCAAUCAAAGAGUCCUUGAAGACGAUGCUGGCCUGGGGCUGGCGGAUCGAGCGGACGCGGGAGGGCGACAGCAUGGCGCUGCACAGUCGCACGCGGCGCGUCUCCCAGACCAGCCAGGUUUCCAUAGACGCUGCCCACGGGUACAGCCCCCGGGCCAUCGACAUGAGCAACGUCACGCUGUCCCGAGACCUGCAUGCUAUGGCAGAAAUGAUGGCUGAAAACUACCAUAAUAUAUGGGCAAAGAAAAAGAAAAUGGAACUGGAGUCCAAAGGAGGGGGCAACCACCCCCUGCUGGUGCCUUACGACACGCUGACGGCCAAGGAGAAAGCUAAGGACAGGGAGAAGGCUCAGGACAUCCUCAAGUUUCUGCAGAUCAACGGCUACGCCGUGUCCAGGGGCUUCAAGGACCUGGACUUGGACACGCCGUCCAUCGAGAAGCGCUUCGCCUACAGCUUCCUGCAGCAGCUCAUCCGCUACGUGGACGAGGCCCAUCAGUACAUCCUGGAGUUUGAUGGCGGCAGCAGAAGCAAAGGACAGCAUUUCCCUUAUGAACAAGAAAUCAAGUUCUUCGCUAAAGUGGUUCUGCCUUUAAUUGAUCAGUAUUUCAAAAACCAUCGUUUGUACUUCCUGUCUGCAGCGAGCAGACCACUCUGCUCCGGAGGACACGCCUCAAACAAGGAGAAAGAAAUGGUGACAAGCCUGUUCUGCAAACUUGGAGUUCUUGUCAGGCAUAGGAUUUCACUGUUUGGAAAUGAUGCAACAUCAAUUGUCAACUGUCUUCAUAUUUUGGGCCAGACUUUGGAUGCAAGGACGGUCAUGAAGACGGGACUGGAGAGCGUGAAGAGCGCGCUCAGGGCGUUCCUGGACAGCGCUGCUGAGGACCUGGAGCAGACGCUCGAGAACCUGAAGCAGGGCCAGUUCACCCACACCCGCCACCAGCCCAGGGGUGUCACCCAGAUCAUCAACUACACCACGGUGGCGCUGCUGCCCGUGCUGUCCUCGCUGUUUGAGCACAUUGGCCAGCACCAGUUUGGAGAAGACCUGAUAGUGGAAGAUGUACAGGUGUCCUGUUACAGAAUUCUGGCCAGCUUGUAUGCUUUGGGGACAAGCAAAAGUAUUUAUGUAGAAAGGCAGCGCUCUGCGCUGGGGGAGUGUCUGGCGGCCUUCGCGGGCGCCUUCCCUGUGGCGUUUCUGGAAACUCAUCUUGACAAACAUAAUAGCUACUCCAUCUACAAUACCAAGUCUUCACGGGAAAGAGCAGCCCUCAACUUGCCAGCGAGCGUGGAAGACGUUUGUCCAAACAUACCGUCUUUGGAGAAGCUCAUGGAGGAGAUCGUGGAGCUGGCCGAGUCUGGGAUCCGCUACACGCAGAUGCCGCACGUGAUGGAAGUCAUCCUGCCCCUGCUGUGCAGCUACAUGUCGCGCUGGUGGGAGCACGGGCCCGAGAGCCACCCGGGGCGGGCGGAGGCCUGCUGCACGGCGCUGGACGCGGAGCACAUGAACACGCUGCUGGGGAACAUACUGAAGAUCAUCUACAACAACCUGGGGAUCGACGAGGGCGCCUGGAUGAAGCGGCUGGCAGUGUUUUCCCAGCCUAUAAUAAAUAAAGUGAAACCACAGCUGCUGAAAACUCAUUUCUUGCCAUUAAUGGAGAAACUGAAGAAAAAGGCAGCCAUGGUGGUUUCUGAGGAAGACCAUCUGAAAGCCGAGGCCAGGGGGGACAUGUCCGAGGCUGAACUUCUUAUCCUGGAUGAAUUCACUACGCUGGCCAGGGACCUGUAUGCCUUCUACCCUCUCCUGAUUAGAUUUGUGGACAAUAACAGGGCGAAGUGGCUCAAAGAGCCUACCCCGGAAGCCGAGGACCUUUUCCGCAUGGUGGCCGAAGUGUUUAUCUACUGGUCAAAAUCACACAAUUUCAAAAGAGAAGAGCAGAACUUUGUCGUCCAGAAUGAAAUCAACAACAUGUCUUUCCUGAUUACUGACACCAAGUCAAAGAUGUCAAAGGCCGCGGUGUCCGACCAGGAGCGGAAGAAGAUGCGGCGGAAGGGAGACCGCUACUCCGUACAGACCUCGCUCAUCGUGGCUGCCCUGAAGCGGCUGCUGCCGGUCGGGCUGAACAUCUGCGCGCCCGGCGACCAGGAGCUCAUCGCUCUGGCCAAGACGCGGCUGAGCAUGAAAGACACCGAGGAUGAAGUCCGGGACAUAAUCCGCAGCAAUAUCCACUUACAAGGCAAGCUGGAGGACCCUGCUAUUAGAUGGCAGAUGGCGCUUUACAAAGACUUACCUAAUAGGACUGAAGACAGCUCAGACCCCGAGAAGACAGUGGAGAGAGUCCUGGACAUAGCCAACGUGCUCUUCCACCUCGAACAGGUGGAGCACCCCCAGAGAUCGAAGAAGGCCGUUUGGCACAAGCUGCUCUCGAAGCAGCGGAAGAGAGCGGUGGUGGCCUGCUUCCGGAUGGCCCCUCUCUACAACCUGCCAAGGCAUCGGGCCGUCAAUCUCUUCCUUCAGGGAUACGAAAAGUCCUGGAUUGAAACAGAAGAACAUUACUUUGAAGAUAAACUAAUAGAAGAUUUAGCAAAGCCCGGAGCGGAACCUCCGGAGGAGGAGGAAGGGACUAAGAGAGUCGACCCUCUGCAUCAGCUGAUCCUGCUGUUCAGCCGCACGGCCCUGACUGAGAAAUGCAAACUGGAGGAAGAUUUUUUAUACAUGGCUUAUGCAGAUAUUAUGGCAAAGAGUUGUCAUGAUGAAGAAGAUGAUGAUGGUGAAGAGGAAGUGAAGAGCUUUGAAGAGAAGGAGAUGGAGAAGCAGAAGCUCCUAUACCAGCAGGCCCGGCUGCAUGAGCGCGGCGCUGCCGAGAUGGUGCUGCAGACCAUCAGCGCCAGCAAAGGUGAAACGGGACCGAUGGUAGCUGCUACUUUGAAACUUGGAAUUGCUAUCCUGAAUGGCGGCAACUCCACAGUACAGCAGAAAAUGCUCGACUACCUCAAGGAGAAGAAGGAUGUGGGUUUCUUCCAGAGCCUCGCUGGCCUGAUGCAGUCCUGCAGUGUCCUCGACCUAAAUGCAUUUGAGCGACAGAACAAAGCUGAAGGACUUGGAAUGGUGACAGAGGAAGGAUCAGGAGAAAAGGUUCUUCAGGAUGACGAGUUCACCUGUGACCUCUUCCGCUUCCUGCAACUGCUUUGUGAGGGACACAACUCAGAUUUUCAGAAUUAUCUGAGAACCCAGACUGGCAACAAUACCACUGUCAACAUCAUCAUCUCCACCGUGGACUACCUGCUGAGGGUUCAGGAGUCUAUCAGUGAUUUCUACUGGUAUUAUUCUGGGAAAGAUGUCAUUGACGAGCAAGGACAGCGGAAUUUCUCCAAAGCCAUUCAAGUGGCCAAACAAGUCUUUAACACGCUCACCGAGUAUAUUCAGGGCCCCUGCACCGGCAACCAGCAGAGCCUGGCCCACAGCAGGCUCUGGGACGCUGUCGUGGGCUUCCUCCACGUGUUCGCCCACAUGCAGAUGAAGCUGUCGCAGGAUUCCAGUCAAAUUGAGCUUUUGAAAGAACUCAUGGACCUUCAGAAGGAUAUGGUGGUCAUGUUGCUGUCCAUGUUAGAAGGUAACGUUGUCAACGGAACCAUCGGCAAGCAGAUGGUCGACAUGCUCGUGGAGUCUUCCAACAACGUGGAGAUGAUUCUCAAAUUCUUCAACAUGUUCUUAAAACUGAAGGACCUGACAUCUUCUGAUACAUUUAAGGAAUACGACCCUGAUGGCAAGGGGGUCAUUUCCAAGAGGGAUUUCCACAAAGCCAUGGAAAGCCAUAAGCACUACACGCCAUCAGAAACCGAGUUCCUUCUGUCCUGUGCGGAAACAGAUGAAAAUGAAACCCUGGACUAUGAGGAAUUUGUCAAACGGUUCCAUGAACCUGCGAAGGACAUCAGCUUCAACGUCGCCGUCCUGCUGACCAACCUCUCAGAGCACAUGCCCAAUGACACACGGCUGCAGACCUUCCUGGAACUGGCGGACAGCGUGCUCAAUUACUUCCAGCCCUUCCUGGGCCGCAUCGAGAUCAUGGGCAGUGCCAAGCGCAUCGAGAGGGUUUACUUCGAGAUCAGCGAGUCCAGCCGGACUCAGUGGGAGAAGCCCCAGGUCAAGGAGUCCAAAAGGCAGUUCAUUUUCGACGUGGUCAACGAGGGUGGCGAGAAGGAGAAGAUGGAGCUCUUCGUGAACUUCUGCGAGGACACCAUAUUUGAGAUGCAGCUGGCGGCUCAGAUCUCAGAGUCGGACCUGAACGAGCGGUCAGCCAGCAAAGAAGAGAGCGAGAAGGAGCGGCCGGAGGAGCAGGCCCCGGGGAUGGGCUUCUUCUCCAUCCUGACCGUCCAGGCAGCCCUGCUGGCCCUCAGGUACAACCUCCUGACCCUCCUGCGCAUGCUCAGCCUGAAGAGCCUGAAGAAGCAGAUGAAGAAGGUGAAGAAGAUGACACUGAGGGACAUGGUCGCGGCCCUCUUCUCCUCCUACUGGGGCGUCCUGACGAGCCUCGCCCACUUCGUGGCCAGCGUGCUCCGCGGCUUCUCCCGCGUUGUGGGCAGUCUGCUCCUGGGGGGCAGCCUGGUGGAAGGGGCCAAGAAGAUGCGAGUGGCAGAGCUCCUAGCAAACAUGCCAGACCCCACGCAGGACGAGGUGAGGGGCGACGGGGAAGAAGCCGAGAGGAGGCCCCUGGAGGCUGCCCUGCCUUCGGAGGACCUUGCAGACCUGAAGGAGCUGACAGAGGAAAGUGACCUUCUCUCAGACAUAUUUGGCUUGGACCUGAAGAGAGAAGGAGGGCAGUACAAACUCAUUCCUCACAAUCCGAAUGCGGGCCUCAGCGACCUCAUGAGCAACCCUGUGCCCCUUCCCGAGGUGCCAGAAAAGCUUCAGGAACAGGAGGUGAAAGAGGAGGACAAGGAAGAAAAAGAAGAAAACAAAUCAGAACCUGAAAAAGCUGAUGGAGAGGAUGGAGAGAAAGAGGAAAAGGCAAAGGACGAGAAGGGCAGGCAGAAGCUCCGGUCGAUCCACACACACAGAUAUGGAGAGCCAGAGGCUCCCGAGUCGGCGUUCUGGAAGAAAAUCAUAGCUUAUCAACAGAAGCUUCUAAACUAUUUUGCUCGCAACUUUUACAACAUGAGAAUGUUAGCCUUAUUUGUCGCGUUUGCAAUCAAUUUCAUCUUGCUUUUUUAUAAGGUGUCCACUUCUUCUGUGGUUGAAGGAAAGGAGCUCCCCGCUCGUAGUGCAAGUGAAAACGCCAGAGUCAGCGUCCUGGACAGCAGCCCUGAGGGCAGCCCUGAGGGCGGCCCAGACAGCGCUGCAGCCGUGCACUACGUCCUGGAGGAGAGCAGCGGCUACAUGGAGCCCACCCUGCGCAUCCUGGCCGUGCUGCACACCGUCAUCUCCUUUUUCUGCAUCAUCGGCUACUACUGCCUGAAAGUCCCGCUGGUUAUUUUUAAGCGUGAAAAGGAAGUAGCUCGAAAAUUGGAAUUUGAUGGGCUGUAUAUUACAGAACAGCCUUCAGAAGAUGAUAUUAAAGGCCAGUGGGAUAGACUCGUAAUCAACACACAGUCAUUUCCCAACAACUACUGGGACAAAUUUGUUAAAAGAAAGGUGAUGGAUAAAUACGGAGAGUUUUAUGGUAGGGACAGGAUCAGUGAGUUGCUCGGCAUGGACAAAGCGGCUCUGGACUUCAGUGACGCCCGGGAGAAGAAGAAACCGAAGAAAGACAGCUCCCUGUCGGCCGUGCUGAACUCCAUCGACGUGAAGUAUCAGAUGUGGAAGCUCGGGGUCGUCUUCACUGACAACUCCUUCCUCUACCUUGCCUGGUACAUGACCAUGUCCAUUCUUGGGCACUACAACAACUUUUUUUUUGCUGCUCACCUUCUCGACAUUGCUAUGGGGUUCAAGACAUUGAGAACCAUCUUGUCAUCAGUAACUCACAAUGGCAAGCAGCUUGUGUUAACCGUCGGCUUGUUAGCUGUUGUUGUGUACCUGUACACCGUUGUGGCAUUCAAUUUUUUCCGAAAAUUCUACAAUAAAAGUGAAGAUGGUGAUACACCAGACAUGAAAUGUGACGAUAUGCUCACGUGCUACAUGUUCCACAUGUACGUUGGCGUGCGAGCAGGAGGGGGCAUCGGCGACGAGAUUGAAGACCCGGCGGGCGAUGAGUAUGAGAUCUAUCGGAUCAUCUUCGACAUCACCUUCUUCUUCUUUGUAAUUGUCAUCCUCCUGGCCAUAAUACAAGGUUUAAUCAUUGAUGCGUUUGGAGAACUAAGAGACCAACAGGAGCAAGUGAAAGAAGACAUGGAGACCAAAUGCUUCAUCUGCGGGAUAGGCAAUGAUUACUUCGACACGGUGCCACAUGGCUUUGAAACCCACACCUUACAGGAGCACAACUUGGCCAAUUACCUGUUUUUUCUGAUGUAUCUCAUAAACAAAGAUGAAACCGAGCACACAGGACAGGAAUCUUAUGUCUGGAAGAUGUAUCAAGAAAGAUGCUGGGAGUUUUUCCCAGCAGGGGACUGCUUCCGGAAACAGUAUGAAGACCAGCUGAAUUAACUCAGACCCAGGUCACCUCCGAAGCCCGAAUACCCGCUCCUCGGUCGCGCCCUCCCUCUCCAACUCUCUGAUUCCUCUCUGGUCUCUCUGAUGCUCUCCGUCUCUCACAAACAUCCUGCUGAUUGUGCGACAUGCCAGCUGUCAUGCUUUCUGGGAGCAGUGAAGCUGUGUUUCUGAAGACCGACUGGGCUUCCCCCCACCUUGUGUGUUUUCAUUGAGAAUAAAGACUAAAGAGUAAUCUGAACUCAUAUGCAGACAACAUAGGAACUCUGGAAGGAAAGCCAUUCUGGACACUCAGUCAUAAGUCGGACGGACGUCCUUCUGAGAUGCCCGGCGUCUCGGUAGGCGGGAGGGCCACAGAGGAGCGGCCAUGCCCUUCGGCCUCUGCAUUUCUCCAUCCUGGAAGGGACUCCGGGGGUCGCGUGUCCACCGCCGAGUGCCGGGCGCCGCUUUGAAGGGAAAUAGUGCCUUAACUAUGUGUGGGUUGAGCUAUGCAGAAGAUGCGUGCAUGAAAAACACCUUUAUUUUCUUUAGGUCCACUUUUUUUUCUUAGGUUGAUUUUGUGAAUUUUUUCCCCAUACCUUUUUCUUUGGUGGGGGAGGGGUAAGAAAAGCAGUUUGUGCACUUUUUAAAGGGACAGGUGGCCUGUCUCAGGACGAGGGGCUCUUCUCAUCCGCUGAAUUCACUCACACCCUCCCCACCUGCUCCUGCGCUCAUUUUGGUGACGCUCCGAUGCAACCCUGCAACUCUAUGAAAUCUUUGUAUGAAACAAAGGACUGCAAAAAACACUUUCAAAAGAAAUAACUCAUUGCAUGUCUAUUAUGCAAGUUUAAGCAAACAGAGGAAACCUUCAAAGCAAGCCGGUCCCCGUGGGAGAAUGUCCAUCCUGAUCUUUCUGUAGGCAAAGCGCUGACCAGGGUGCCACAUGGGUCCGGAGCCAGCGCCGCCCACCAACAGCCUGGCCCACGGGGGCCUGAUGCCGUCCUGGGCUUUUCUCUUUGUUCUGCCACCUGUGUGACCAGCUGUUGAGUAAGGACUUCUCGUCCAGCCAUUUUUUAAUACCGAUGCUGAAGCAAUAUCCAUUCAGGGAGUUCAUCAGUUGCAUCAGAAAACACAGAUGAUAAAAUCAAUCACUCCAUUUUGAGUCCUUUUAAAUGUAAUGCUUGUCUUUACAAAUAGGAAGGCAGAUUCAGAGUGGGAGCAAAGUCAUUUUGCAAAUGUUG